GAGAUCCUCGUUGCUAGGAGACGAGACGCAUCUUGCAGUUCCAGAGCCGCCUCCCACCGAUAGCCGAUAGCGGGGCUCUCUCUUGCCCAAGGGCUGAGAUUUACGGUCCCAUAGCCGCCCAGGGGCAGUUCUGGACGUCGCCUUUCUAGGGGCGUUUUCCUUCUAUCCUAUGUAACGCGGGCCAAGGCCGGCCAAGGCUCCUUGCCCCGUUCCAAUCCCCCGCCCAGCCAUGCCUAUGAAAGGAAAAAGGGCCAAGACGCCUCUGUCCGAAGAGGAGCAGCUGCUUCUGUAUCAGCAGAAGUUGCUGGCAGAAGAGGAAAUGGCCAAGAAGAAAGAGAGGCUUCUCAACCAGUUCCUGAAGGACAAGCUGGCCAAGGAGGAACACAACAGUGCUGUGAACCUUAAUAAGAUUAAUACUCAGUGGAGAACUGUCCUUCGGGAAGUCAAGGCCAGAGAGCUUCUUAAGGACAUAGAGAUCCUCAGCCAAACAUUUGAACGAGUGGUGGACUGCAAGGACUGUGUCAUCAAGUCUUUAGCCAAAGACCUAUCAGAAGCCGAGGAACAGUACGCCCAUGCCCUGCGCAGCCACUUGCACAAUGUUGACCAGCUCUUGGCCCUACAGAGGCACCGGCUCAGCCUCCUGGAGGAAAGUUACAACAUGGAGCUGGAGGCCCUAACCAAGGAGUUUGAGACAGAAAGGAAGACAAUUACUGACCAACAUGAGAAAGAGAUUCACUAUCUGCAAGAUGUCUUCAGGGCCAUGGAACAGAACUAUAUAGAUUCUGAGUAUGAAAGCAAGCUGGAGUUCCAGAGCAUGUGGGAUGAUCUCAAAAACAAGAAUUUAGAAGAGAAGCACUUUCUAAGGCUAAAACUGGAGAAUAUAGUGGAAGAUCUAUGGAGACGGUUCCAGGAUGCACUCAAAAAUUACACUGAGGCCACAGAGGAUCGAAAGAUGGCCUUCGAGACCCUGAAAGUGAAGGACGAGAAGAGCUCCAAAGAGAUUGAAGCACAGAUGAAAAAAAUACAGAAACUACAGGAUGCCAUAACUAUUUCAAAAGGCAAGAUCAUGAUACACAGCCGUGAGAGUGAAGAACAGAACCAGUAUAUCCGUAAUGACAAGGAAUUAGUUCUUGUACAACUGCACAAACUUAAGGCCCAAAGGACUCAAGCACGGGCAGCAUCCCAGGAGAACUUAGUCAAACUCACCGUGGAAAGUAACGCCACCCUUAAGGCCCUGAGAAAGAUUGUCGAUAAGGGUGAAAAGAUUCUUAAACUUGCCGAAGUAUGUAGGAAAUUUGAAACAGAGGAAGAAAAAGUGCUACCUUUUUAUUCAUCAGUACUAACUCCUAAGGAAGAGAUUGAGCAUCACCCAGAAGAGCUCACUGAGGCGCUUGCAAAGGUGAUGGUGGACUACAUAGGGAUGGAGAAUUUCUGGAAAAGGUACAACAAAGUGAAACUGGAGCAGCUGAGCCUCCAACAGAGACAAGCCCAGCUGCUAGAAAUCAAUGGGAAGCUGCGGGAGAUGCUGAAGCAAUACUUGGAUGGCAUCUCAGUGAGUGACGAAGUGCUGAGCCAGCUCAACCCGCUUUUCAUAGUCAACCACCGAAGCAAUGUACCCCAGCCCUUGUCCGCACCUAUAGCCCACACUGGUGACAAACAACCUCCAACCACUUACAACGUCAUUGAAGCAGCUCACGUGAUCUCCCACAUCCUGUGAUCCAAGGAUCUCUUUUCAACCCCCAGAUUUUUUUUUUUUUUUUGAGAUCUGAGGAUUUUGCUAUUAAAAAUUCCCGUGGAGUUUA